AUGCGGACGCAAGGCUGCUCCUCGGUCUCGGGGACGCGUCAUCCCCAUUUCCGCUCGCGGAGGCGCAGGAGCUGCCGCGCUUCCGUCUCCCGCGUGCGCGCGCGCCAAGCUGCCCACCCCCGUUCCGCACUGACCCUCCCCCAUGCCCCGCGCCCCGCACUGCUGCCCCGCCCCGAGUCCCAUGCCGCAGCCACCGCGACGGAGCCCGCGGGCGGGAACCUGCCUCCGCGCGUUAGCGCGCACGCGCGCCUCCUGUGUCUUCCCCACCAGCGCCGACUUCCGUCCAUAGGCCAGCUGCACUGUCACUCUGGCAAAGUCGCAGAUGCGAUUGGCCAGGACGGAGGCGCGAGACCGGGCUGCGGGCGGGGCCGAACCUGGUAUAAAAGGGGCGGGAGGCCAGGCUCGUGCCGCUUUGCAGACGCUGCCGCCGAGGAAAGUCCUGUACUACUAGCCAUGGUCAACCCUACCGUGUUCUUCGACAUUGCCGUCGACGGCGAGCCUUUGGGCCGCGUCUCCUUCGAGCUGUUUGCAGACAAGGUUCCAAAGACAGCAGAAAAUUUUCGUGCUCUGAGCACUGGAGAGAAAGGAUUUGGUUAUAAGGGUUCCUGCUUUCACAGAAUUAUUCCAGGGUUUAUGUGUCAGGGUGGUGACUUCACACGCCAUAAUGGCACUGGUGGCAAGUCCAUCUAUGGGGAGAAAUUUGAAGAUGAGAACUUCAUCCUAAAGCAUACAGGUCCUGGCAUCUUGUCCAUGGCAAAUGCUGGACCCAACACAAAUGGUUCCCAGUUUUUCAUCUGCACUGCCAAGACUGAGUGGUAAGGGUACAACAUGGCACACUAACCACCUGACGAAAUGAAAAUUUGCCCUGGGGGGAACAGAACAAACACUAGUUGUUUUCUUCAAGUUUUCCUUCCAUAGACUUUUUCAUCCCUAAGAUACUAGAAGAGCAUACAUAGCUACAAAUAUAGUCAAUGUGAUACAGAAUGCCAGAUACUAUAAUAGAAACUGAGCGCUUAGCUGGGCGGUUAAGUGUGACUUUUUUUGUUUGUUUGUUUUAAGAUGCAGUUUCGCUC